AUGCCCGAAUUUCCUGGUAAGCUCAGAAAUGCUGGCAUCAUAUUAGAUUGCCCCGCUCAUGAUUCGGCAGAGGCAGACACGAUCCGCAUCCUGGUUGCGACGGACAACCAUGUCGGAUACGAAGAGCGAGAUGCGAUCCGCAAGGAUGACAGCUGGCGGACGUUUGACGAGAUCAUGACAAUUGCCCGCAGCGAAGACGUCGACAUGGUGUUGCUUGCCGGCGAUCUCUUCCACGACAACAAACCCUCCCGCAAGUCUCUCUACCAAGUCAUGCGGACACUUCGAAAAAACUGCCUUGGCAUGAAGCCGUGCCCGCUCGAGUUUCUGUCAGACGCCGCCGAGGUCUUCCAGGGUGCAUUCCCGCACGUCAACUACGAAGAUCCCGACAUCAACAUCUCUAUCCCUGUCUUUUCCAUUCACGGCAACCACGACGACCCCUCUGGCGACGGCAACUACUGCUCACUCGACCUGUUGCAGGCGGCGGGUCUUCUCAACUACUAUGGCAGAGUUGCCGAGGCUGAUAAUAUCGAGGCAAAGCCCAUUCUGCUACAGAAAGGAGACACGAAGCUUGCGCUGUACGGGCUAAGCAACGUUCGCGACGAGCGCAUGUUCAGGACGUUCAGAGACCACAAGGUCAAGUGGUUCCGCCCCGGUCAGCAGACAGGCGAGUGGUUCAACUUGCUGGCCGUCCACCAGAACCACCACGCACACACAGCGACGUCAUACUUGCCCGAGAACGUGCUUCCAGAUUGGCUGGACCUGGUGGUCUGGGGCCACGAACACGAGUGCCUGAUUGACCCGACAAAGAAUCCAGAGACCGGAUUCCACGUAAUGCAGCCUGGAUCAUCAGUGGCCACAUCACUAGUCCCUGGUGAGGCUGUACAGAAGCACGUCGCCGUUGUUAGUGUGAAUAGCAAGUCGUUCAAGGUCGACAAAAUUCCUCUCAAGACGGUGCGGCCCUUUGUCACGCGGGAAAUCUCCCUCUCCCAGGAGAAACGAUUCAAAGGCUUGGACAAGAAACUGGACAACAAACACGAAGUCACGAUUCGACUGAUGGAAAUUGUCGAGGAGAUGAUUGCCACUGCAAAUGCAGAAUGGGAGGCCAUCCAGACGGACGAGGAAGCCUUGGAAGAGCGACCGCUGCCGCUGAUCCGCCUAAAGGUUGAGUAUUCCGCACCAGAUGGUGGCGACUUUGAGUGUGAAAAUCCGCAGCGAUUUUCCAAUCGGUUCCAGGGAAAAGUCGCCAAUACCAACGACGUGGUGUACUACUACAGGAAGAAGAAAACUUCGAAGGCCAACUCGGCACAGCUUAUCGAGCCAUUGGGUGAUGAUGCGACUGAAAUGGUUAAAGUGGAAAACCUCGUCAACGAGCUGCUUGCGAAACAGUCCCUCAAAGUCCUGCCACAAGGUCCUUUUGGCGAGGCGGUCAAUCAGUUCGUCGCCAAGGACGAUAACCAUGCAAUGGAACUCUUCGUCUCAGAACACUUGUCCGGCCAGGUCAGGCAAAUGCUGGGUCUAGAAUCGGACGAUGAGGAUUUGAACCAUGCUAUGGAGCUUUACAAGGAGAGAAUGGAGCAGCGGAUGGCUACGGCCGGCAGCAUGCGCGAAAUGGCACCACGGGAACGAAAGAGAGUGCUGAAGCCCAAGCCGGACACGUGGGAUUCAGAUUUCGAUGGCAACUGGGAAGACGAACCG